UUUAAUAUUUAUUCCUUAUUCUAUAAUUACAUAUUCCUAGCUUGUGUAUUUAUUGUUUCGUCGACAGAUAAAAAAAAAUUAACAUUAAUUAAAUUAAAUUUAAUGUUUCAAUUUGUAUUCAUGUAGCAUUUUGUGUUACUUGUAGUUUAUUUUCUUUAAAAAUCCAAAAAUUAUAACACUGAUUUAAAUGUGCUAUUUAUAAAAGAAUUUUAUGACCGCAAAACCGUAAGGUUCCAUUUUAGAGAAUCGUAAAAUAGAAGAACACAAAAUGUGUUAGUAUGAAAAAAUUGGGUUGGAUUAAAUUGUAUAAUGCAUAUAAAUUUUAUUUUAAUUGAUGCAAUUCUGUAACAUUAUUACUACUUUUAAGGGUAAUUAAAGAUACUACCACUUGGUUAGAGUAGAAAGACAUUCUCUAUUUCCUUUUUUAUAUAUCAAAUGACAUUAUUAUCAUACAUCGUAAAACGUAACUGUUUUAUUCUAUUUAUAGUCAUUUUCAUUAAUAACUUGCAAAAGUCUUAUAUAAUAACAAAAAAAAUUAUUCUUUAAAUAAUAUAUUCAAAAGACGCUUUUAUCGAUAAAUGCGCACUUUUAUCUCUGAAAUUCUAUACACAAACCAUAGUUUAGACAUGUUAAUGCUCAAACAUCAUUGUUAACGUGUUCUGAAUACGGGCCAUAGUGAAUAGUGAAUUUCACGAAUGAACAGACGGAUAUUGUUAGAACAUGUGCACGUUAGUGCGCAAUAAAACCGAAAGCAAAAACAGACUACAGUAAAAGUAGCAGGUAUAUAAAUAAGUGCAGUUAUCGAAUGUUUUUUUUGUUAUGUAAUGCAUGACACGUGUACAUUUAUGUAUAAAAAAUGCAAUAUUUAUAAAAAUACAAUAAGUAUAUAACUUUUUUAAAACGUAUAUACGUAUUAACUUAGGAAAUGAUUACGUUAGCUAUAAUGUAACGUAUUAUUUCAUAAAUACAUAUGUACGUCGAUAAAUCCAUUAGAGAAACACAUUAACAAAAAUCUAUCUGGCAGCACGUGUACUUUGCAUAAUAUACUAUAAUGUAUCUUUAUACACAUUUUUUAUAAACAAAAAGUUGCACUUUAAGAAAGGAAUUUACCUAUAUCUCUUAAUAACGGAAGAGAUAAAAUAUUUCAUCAUCGCAUCAUAAAUAAUAUUUUUGAAAAAUUUGAGAACAUUAUUACAAUGUAGUCUUACAUGCGUAACAUUACAUGAUAAUAUUACAUGAAACCAUUCCAAUUCUUUAAAAAUUUUUUUCUAUACUUGAUAGUUCCGACAACAUUUACUUAAAAAAAAAAUUAUUUUUUUCAAAAUUGUUGUUUUUCUUCCUAAAAGUGCAUGUAGGCACGAAUAAAAAAUUCGUGUUAUCUAUUUUGAUCUAGAUUUUAACAUCACAAAAUCAUAAAAAUUUUAUGAGGACAUUUUUGUGGGCUUCUCUAUAUAUGAAAUAAAAUAUAUAUCACAAGAAUGUCCAUAAAAAUAUGAGGUUCUGCUUCAAAAUAAAAAUUAAAAAGUACUUCCGAGUAAGCUCGGUUUUAUUUCAAUUAAAAAUGCAAUACGAGUUAUUUAAUUAACAUAUUAAAUAAUUUAAAAAAAAAACAUUUCUAUAAAACGCACUAGACUGCACUAUAACCGCGUAUUUCUAUAUCUAUCUAUACUGACGUCGUGUAUGAAAAAUUAAAUGUAAGACUAGCUGAGUGGAGAGAUCCCAGCCAAUAAAAAUAUGCAUAUAAAGAUAAUAAAAAACUAUUUAAACUUUAUUGAGUUCUUGCCAUUGUCGCACAUACAGUAAAGUAUGGAUUUCAAGUGUAACAGGUAUGCACGUUGACCAUCCAAGAAAACAUUCUACUGUUACAUUUUAUUUCAUUAACAAUUACAUUAACACGACGAUUAAAAAAAUCAGUUAAUAUUCAACCAUGUUAAACAAAAUAUCGAUUCUCCUUUUUGUUCUCAAUAUUAAUACUGUGAUCAAACCAUUAAAUGGAAUAUCCAUUACACAUUCAUACUAUAAUUGUCUUCACGACCAUGACAGUAGCGACUCAAAAUUAUCAAAAUUACGAGAACAAGCUGUUAAUAGAGAGAUCUAUUUGAAGCAGAAUCAACAUUAUUUAAAUCAAGAAAUAAUAGAUACCACGCCGCAAUUUGGAGACACAUUUGAUUUUGUAAUAAUUGGCGCUGGUACGGCUGGCGCUACAAUAGCAGCGAGGCUGAGCGAAAUUUCUCAGAAUAAAGUAUUGCUGAUCGAAGCCGGAUCCCACGAGAAUCUUUUCAUGGACAUUCCUGUAAUCUCUCCCUACCUAUCUUUGGAUCAUAAUAUCAAUUGGGGAUACGAAACUAAGCCAUCCAACAAAUACUGUCGUGGCAUGAAUGGUAAUAUAUGCCUUUGGUCAAAGGGAAAAGUAGUCGGUGGCAGCAGUGCUAUAAACACUAUGGUAGCUACUAGAGGAAGAGCUGAAGAUUUUGAUCGUUGGGCAGAAAUGGGGAACGAUGGUUGGGCAUACAAGGACGUUCUUAGGUAUUUUAAAAAAUUGGAAACAAUGAAUAUUCCGGAGCUGAAGUCGGAUACUAUUUAUCAUGGCACCGAUGGACCAGUACAUAUCACUUACCCACGAUUUCAUACCCCGUUAGCAGAAGCCUUCCUAGAAGCUAGUGAGGAACUGGGAUAUCCGCAUGUAGAUUACAAUGGAAAAAACAUGAUAGGAUUCUCAUAUGUGCAAACUACGAUCAUGAACGGCACUCGCAUGAGCAGUAAUAGGGCAUAUUUGCAUCCCAUACGUAAUCGCAACAAUCUCCAUAUGACUCUUCGGAGCAUGGUGACAAAAAUCCUGAUAGAUUCUAGCACGAAGCGCGCAGUGGGCGUGGAAUUUAUCAAAAAUAAUCGGACUGUACACGUGUUUGCAAGCAAAGAAGUGAUUCUGUGC